AUGUACCUUGUGGUAUGUUGGGGGCGCGUGACUGGGAACAUGAUAUCAACACGUGAGUAGGACCUGUCAGUUAUUAUUCAUAGAAUUAUACCAAUCGAAAAAAAAUAAUUUUUGUUUGUUGAAAGAUAUUUAUCACAUAAACAUAUUUCAAUAAUGCAUACCUGUACGAUAAAAGCGUUUAGCUCUAAGAUGUUUAAAAUAAAAAUUUUCAAUCGGAUUUUUUAGAAUAUAAUUCACCACACUUUCCUGUCCUACCCACUUUCCUACCCACAACAGUCCAGCCAGGAUAUAACGAUAAAAGAAGAAUUGUGUCUCUAACUUCGUGACAUCAGAAAUAUCAUAAGAACAGGUUGGUCUCACUGGCCAGGAUAAAGUCAACCAAAAAAACAACCAAAAAAGUCUUGUAAGGACAUAUUCCCCCGUGUCUCUGGAAACGAACAAGACAAUGUGAUGUGUUUUUUGUUGCUGUUUUUUUUUUUUUGGUCACAAAAAUGCUCAUAUGCCUUGAUGGUCUUGUGGUGAUGCCAAACAUUCCUGGAUAACAUUCGUACCACAAGCUUUUAUGUUGUGAUUGCUGAAGAAGAUUAACACCGCAUUACAGUUGAACUUACAUCAAACAGGAUCCCAAGCUCAACAUCGAAACCCUGCCCCCAACCCAACCCCAACCCCCACCCAUUUUUCAGCGGUGUUCUAUAGCCAGGUAUGGUAGGGUUGUUAAAUGUUAAACAUCCUAUAUACCGAACCAGUUGUUAAAAAAAUUCAAAACAAAUAAGCCAAUACACACAUUUUAAUGCGUUGGUGUUUUUGUAUGAUCUACAAGUACCGCAUUGCUGGUUGCUGGAUUGUCAGCCCACUGCUGCCAGUUCAUUACCUCCACUAUCCUGGCAAAAAAUAAUGUUUUCAACCAAUCCCAUCCAUUUUUUCCCCUCCAACUUUCCCUUAGGUUUUUGUUUACUUGCCCUUUUAGUUGAUCACAUUACUUAUACAAGUUAACGCUCAUCAUCCCAAUGUUGGUUUCUCCCAGGCCAUUGUUUUAGCAGGUGCAAUACCAGAUCUGUGCGUGUCAUAAAGGCCACGGCCAUGCUCUUCGUCGCGGCCAUGCUUUUCUUAGCUUUGCAUAUGAAUUUCUCCCACGAGGCGUCUCAACAGAACCUGCACAGGGCGGCCCCCAUCUCCUCGCCCACCACGAUCAGCCAAUCAACUGUUCAGAUUCGCAACGCGACUCGUGAUUUUCUCCCGACAAGCUCUACACCAAUGAAAGACGAACUGAUAGAAACGGAAUCUGAAUUUGUUGACGGCUUUCAAAGACAUGAAGUAAUCGCCUGCAGCGAUACCAGCGAGGAAUUUAGGACCGAUUCCAAGAGGAUAGCUUUGGUCAACUCACAGAGUGGUGUACCGUGUCCGAUUCGACCACCUGCCUUAGGUAAAAAAAAUAUAUAUCCAUAGAACUAACGUAUAUACUCGCACGUAAGCCGAAUUUAGAACUGUAAAAUACAAUACUCAAAUCAGGGGGUGGGCUUAUAUGCGCAUAAACAAAAUGGACACAAGGACAGGCACUAAUGCCAAGUUUCCAGCCACACUAUUUGUCUAAAUAUAUACUUCGUUAAUCAUUAGUUGUGAACAACUUAUGAGCGGAAGUUCAGAUAGUAUUAUAGCAAACAAUGUGGAAAGAGCAGAACACGUUUUUGUGUCAUUCCAAAAGGUAAACAAACAGGUAUGUAACAUAAAAUAAAAGUAAACAUUUUACAUCUUUACAGUAACAAAAUUUCUAUGAACCAAAAAUAUGGAGUAAAAUUAUACAAUUGUAUGGUCGGCUUAUAUGCGGGUUUUUGCAAAAACUGGCCAUUUUAAAGCAGUUUUAGGGUUCGGCUUAUAUGCGUUGUAGGCUUAUAUGCGAGUAUAUACGGUAACUAUUUGCUGUACAUCAGGGGAGAAAUGCAAUAUUUUAUAACGUGUUAAAUGUAGCCAAUGCCAAUGUAUUUCACUUACCCUACUAGUAUUUAAAUAAACGGUAUAUUUAUAGUUUGAUAAAGUUUUUUUUUUUAAAAACAUGUUUCGAACAGCUGGAAGGUUCGUACCCUCAAAAAAGAGUUCUACGUAUCACGAGCUAGCCGCCAUGUUUCCCGAUGUCCAAGAUGGCGGCCACUACACGCCCCGGAUGUGCACGCCAGCAGAAAAGACCGCCAUCAUCAUCCCGUACCGGAACAGGUGUCGUCAUCUGUACACACUUCUACCUAACCUGAUUUCGAUGUUGAUGAGACAAAACGUGGACUUUACCAUCUUUGUUAUUGAACAGGUGAGAAGGAGAAUGUUGUUGAACAGGUGAGACAUAGAAUGUUAUUGAACAGGUGAGAAUGGGUUGUUAUUGAACAGGCGAGGAAUGUAUUGAUUAAUAUUUAAUAAAUGGAACUAAACAAAUAUUUAGCACCUUUUUUAAAAACUUGAAAUGGUGAAAAAUAUUAUUUUAAGAUUUUUUUUCCGAAGCAAUAUAAUGUCAUAUCUGAUGUCAUAUGAGUUUGUUUUUAAAAUAUAUUAAAAUUGAAUAUUGCUUACCUUAACUGAUAAAAUUCGAAAAGCCCUCCCAAUUUUGUUAAAACUUGUAUUAUUCAGAGUUUUAAAUGAAUUCUAAUGUUCAUAACAAAAUACUCUGAGGAAUAACUAUCAUGGGCAGCUACUAUCGCUGGAAAAUAAUAUCGCUUGAAACUACUACCGUGGGAUACUACCAUAUUGGGCAACUACUAUCAUGGGCAACUAAUAUCUUGGGCAACUAUUAUCUUGGGAAAAUACUAUCUUGGGCAACUACUAUCUUGGGCAACUACUAUCUUGGGCAACUACUAUCGUGGGCAACUACUAUUUUGGGCAACUAAUAUCUUGGGUAACUAUUAUCUUGGGAAAAUACUAUCUUGGGCAACUACUAUCGUAUGCAACCACUAUCUUGGGCAACUACUAUCCUGGGCAAUUACUAGAAUGGGUAAAUCCAUUCUUUGGAAGGAAAAAACAUCGAUGGCAAUAACAGACACGUCAGACAGAUUAAUUAAGUUGAUCCCAGACAAUAAUCUGUCGUCUUGGCAGACUACACCCGAGACUUUCAACAAAGGGAUUCUAUUCAACGCCGGAUAUCUCGAGGCCCUGAAAGUGGAUAACUACGACUGUUUUAUCCUGCAUGACGUCGACAUGAUUCCCAUCGAUGACCGGAACAUGUAUAGGUGCAACAAGACGGGACCGGUGCACUUCUCUCCCGGAGUCAACAAAUUCAAAUACAAGUGAGCAUCCAUAUGUUUGAGUUACACACAUUUUAUAACUAUGUAAACUGUUAUAUUAAAUUUAAAAAAUAAUUUAAAAAAAAUCAAUAUUUCAGAACUUACUUCCCAUAUCCUCGAUAUUAAAAUAACAUUUCACAGUUCACUUAAUAUUAACUGCAUACUAAAAUAUGUUAACUUUCUUCAGUCAAUCACUGUCUUAAAUUUAAUUGUUGAUUUUCAGACUUGUCAUUAUUUCACUAUUUGUCGUUGUUUCCUUUUUAAAAAAAAAUUUAAAACCAUUUUUGGCUUAUAUCAAUAUAAUUAUUUUUAUGUCAUAUUUUGUCUUCAUUUCACUAGUUGCCUUUAUUUCACUAGUUGCCUUUAUUUCACUAGUUGCUUUAUUUAACUAGUUGCCUUUAUUUUCACUAGUUACUUUAUUUCACUACUUGCCUUUAUUUCACCAGUCGCCUUUAUUUCACCAGUCGCCUUUAUUUCACUAGUUGCCUUUAUUUCACUAGUCGUCUUUAUUUCACUAAGUUGCCUUUAUUUCACCAGUCGCCUUUAUAUCUCCAGUCGCCUUUAUUUCACCAGUCGCCUUUAUUUCAAUAGUUGCCUUUAUUUCACUAGUUGCCUUUAUUUCAAUAGUUGCCUUUAUUUCACUAGUUGCCUUUAUUUCACCAGUCGCCUUUAUAUCUCCAGUCGCCUUUAUUUCACCAGUCGCCUUUAUUUCACUAGUUGCUUUAUUUAACUAGUUGCCUUUUUUUUUACUAGGUACUUUAUUUCAUCAGUCGCCUUUAUUUCAUCAGUCGCCUUUAUUUCAUCAGUCGCCUUUAUUUCACCAGUCGCCUUUAUUUCACCAGUCGCCUUUAUUUCACCAGUCGCAUUUAUUUCACCAGUCGCCUUUAUUUCACCAGUCACCUUUAUUUCACCAGUCGCCUUUAUUUCAUCAGUCGCAUUUAUUUCACCAGUCGCUUUUAUUUCACCAGUCGCCUUUAUUUCACUUUUGUCGUUAUUUAAUUUUUUCUUAAUUUUACUAGAGUUGUCUAUGUUUCGCCGAUGUCUAUUUUGCAGACUUUUUUAUUCUGGUCUGUUUGGGGGCGUGGUGGGCUUCACCAGGGAGCAGUUCAGGUUGAUCAACGGGGCGUCAAAUCUUUACUUUGGCUGGGGCGGUGAAGAUGACGAUCUCAGAAACAGGUAAGACGUGGUGUCGUAGUGCUUAAGACGUGGCGUCAUAGUGCUUAAGACGUGGCGUCAUACUGCUUUAGACUGUAUUAUUGUGGUAAAUAUAUGUUUUGAGUUGAAUACUGUGUUAAAUUAUGUAUUGUAUACUGUGUUAAAUACUGUGUUAAAUGCUGUCUUAAAUAGUGUGUUCAAUAAUGUGUAAAAUAGUGUAUUAAUUACUGUGUUAAAAUGUGUUAAAUACUGUGUUAAACACUGUGUUAAAUAAUGUGUUAAAUAGUGUAUUAAAUACUGUGUUAAAUACUGUGUUAAAUACUGUGUUAAAUACUGUGUUAAAUACUGUGUUAAAUACUGUGUUAAAUACUGUGAUAAAUACUGUUAUAAAUACUAUGUUAAAUACUGUUUUAAAUACUGUGUUGAAACUGUGUUAAAUGCUGUAUUAAAUAAUGUGUUAAGUACAAUGUUAAAUACUGUGUUGAAUACUGCGUUAAAUACGUGUGAAAUAAGGUAUUUUUUUGUUAAAUAUUGUAUCAUUGUGUUAAAGACAGUGUUAGCGUGUUGAAAUAAAGUGUUAUUGUUUUCAAUCCCUAUGUUAAGGGCUGUGUCAUUGCAUUAAAACUGUGUCCUUAUGUUUAAGAGAGUGGUGUUGUGUUAAAAAGCUAUGUUAUUAUGUUGAAUUAUAAUGACAGUGUUUUUGUGGGGUGAAAAGAGUGUUAAUGUGGCGAAGACAUUGUUACCUUGACAAAGACAGUGUCCAAUUGAUGAAGACAACUGUCACUGUGUUGAAAACAAUGUCAUUGUUAGGAAUUAUUAUUUUUUUGUUUCCUCUAAAAAUUAAAGAGGCCUUUACUGUUUGGUAAAGUUUGAGAACCUGCUUUGCCACAAGGCUGUCUUGAGCUUUUUAUAAACAAUUUUUUUUUACUCUAGUUGUAAAGUUAACGAUUGUCUGCGCCGGCAGGUAACGCCCCGCAGGAGGGCGAUCAACAUUUUAUGUUCAGUAGGUCACAAACACGAUUAAAACAACAACAACAAGAACCUGCUAUAGUUAUCAUAGGAUUUAAGUGUGGGACAUGCUUUGUCCACGUUAAAGAACAACAAGAACCUGCUAUAGUUAUCAUAGGAUUUAAGCGUGGGACAUGCUUUGUCCUUGUUAAAGAACAACAACAAGAACCUGCUAUAGUUAUCAUAGGAUUUAAGCGUGGGACAUGCUUUGUCCACGUUAAAGAACAACAACAAGAACCUGCUAUAGUUAUCAUAGGAUUUAAGUGUGGGACAUGCUUUGUCCACGUUAAAGAACAACAAGAACCUGCUAUAGUUAUCAUAGGAUUUAAGUGUGGGACAUGCUUUGUUCACGUUAAAGAACAACAACAAGAACCUGCUAUAGUUAUCAUAGGAUUUAAGCGUGGGACAUGCUUUGUCCACGUUAAAGAACAACAACAAGAACCUGCUAUAGUUAUCAUAGGAUUUAAGCGUGGGACAUGCUUUGUCCACGUUAAAGAACAACAACAAGAACCUGCUAUAGUUAUCAUAGGAUUUAAGCGUGGGACAUGCUUUGUCCACGUUAAAGAACAACAACAAGAACCUGCUAUAGUUAUCAUAGGAUUUAAGCGUGGGACAUGCUUUGUCCACGUUAAAGAACAACAACAAGAACCUGCUAUAGUUAUCAUAGGAUUUAAGCGUGGGACAUGCUUUGUCCACGUUAAAGAACAACAACAAGAACCUGCUAUAGUUAUCAUAGGAUUUAAGCGUGGGACAUGCUUUGUCCACGUUAAAGAACAACAACAAGAACCUGCUAUAGUUAUCAUAGGAUUUAAGCGUGGGACAUGCUUUGUCCACGUUAAAGAACAACAACAAGAACCUGCUAUAGUUAUCAUAGGAUUUAAGCGUGGGACAUGCUUUGUCCACGUUAAAGAACAACAACAAGAACCUGCUAUAGUUAUCAUAGGAUUUAAGCGUGGGACAUGCUUUGUCCACGUUAAAGAACAACAACAAGAACCUGCUAUAGUUAUCAUAGGAUUUAAGCGUGGGACAUGCUUUGUCCACGUUAAAGAACAACAACAAGAACCUGCUAUAGUUAUCAUAGGAUUUAAGCGUGGGACAUGCUUUGUCCACGUUAAAGAACAACAACAAGAACCUGCUAUAGUUAUCAUAGGAUUUAAGCGUGGGACAUGCUUUGUCCACGUUAAAGAACAACAACAAGAACCUUCUAUAGUUAUCAAAGGAUUUAAGCGUGGGACAUGCUUUGUUCACGUUAAAGAACAACAACAAGAACCUGCUAUAGUUAUCAUAGGAUUUAAGCGUGGGACAUGCUUUGUCCACGUUAAAGAACAACAAGAACCUGCUAUAGUUAUCAUAGGAUUUAAGCGUGGGACAUGCUUUGUCCACGUUAAAGAACAACACCAAGAACCUGCUAUAGUUAUCAUAGGAUUUAAGUGUGGGACAUGCUUUGUCCACGUUAAAGAACAACAACAACAAGAACCUGCUAUAGUUAUCAUAGGAUUUAAGUGUGGGACGUUCUUUGUCCACGUUAAAGAACAACAACAAGAACCUGCUAUAGUUAUCAUAGGUUUUAAGCAUGGGACAUUCUUGGUCCACGUUAAAGAACAACAAAUUUGUACCCCCCUUCCCCAACACAAAGUUUAAAAAAAAAAGAAAAAAAAAGACGUAUAUCGAAACUCUAGAUGAGGGUUAGAGUUAUAAAGUAGAUUAAAAGCAGAAAGACGAUCCUGGCCCAUAUUCGUAUGAUGUUGUAUGUUAAUGUUUACAUUAUGUUGUAUGACCUUAACGUCAAAGUCCUCCAAGUGUCCUGUUUGUCCCAUCGCCCCACGCCAUUCUAUUGAACAUGGUAUCCCUCAUAUCGGUUGUGGUUGAGCUGACCCAAUGCUGUACCUGUUGAUCCUUCUUGUUUUUGAUCGGGAUGAUGCUAAUAAUUAUAUGCCGGUGUAUAGUAUUAUACGAACAGUGGGUCUCACAGUGGAAGCAGGGUAGCCGGGUCAUAAGCCCUUGCAUAGCAUCCACGCAGAACUGAAACUUAUAUAAAAACGCAUUACGAAGAUCAAAACAAAAACCGCUUUGGGUUACACAAGAGGGUGUUCUCAAAUGAAACCGCGUGUUCGAGGGCUCUCAAUCAAAUUCUCAAAGACCCCGUAUUUAUAUGUAUGGGCGCUCAUAAUAACAAUUUAUUUAGGCUAAUGGCACUCGGCCCGUUCGGCCCCAAGUCACGCUAAUGGAAUUGUUAAGAACGUUAUGAAUCUGCCAGCUUGCGUGACUCUGUCACGUGAAUCUGUCAGCUUGCGUGACUCUGUCACGUGAAUCUGUCAGCUUGCGUGAAUCUGUCACGUAAAUCUGUCAGCUAGGGCGAAUCUGUCACGUGAAUCUGACAGCUUUCAAGAAUCUGUCAGCUUAGAUGAAUCAGUCAGCUGGCCACCAACCUUAACUCUCGAUUGCAGGGCCGUCCACAUGAAGUUGCCACUGUUGAGGAAGACCUUGGUGCACGGCCUGUACGACAUGGUGAGCCACGUAGAGGCAGGCUGGAAUGUGAACCCGCACAGGUGAGACCCAGGUGUUCACACCUGCUAGUUUAGACCGUGUAUCGAUCGAGACGAGGGCUGUGAGGCUGCUGGGGUGAUGUCGCUGGUAUCAUCUUUCAUAUGUCCAUGGCGUGCCUAAUGUUUGUAGCCACUGAAGUGUGGUUGUCAAUGUUCACAUAUAAUCAUCGUUAACGCUCCGGACUGUCUAUGUUCAUACAUCCCUAUGUUAUUUAUUAAAAAAAUUUAAUAACAUAUGGGACAUUAUUUUAAAGUAAAUGAUUUAGUGUAGAUGUUAAAAUUAUCAUUUCACACUGGCACCUUGUCACUGUAACAAUCUUAUUUAUUUCGUGGGAAAUACUACAACAUUGAAGGCAUUUUAAUUCAAUCAUUGAUUAUUUUCCUUUUGAAAUGCAAUAGCCAUAAAAACAUGGUUUAUUGUAAUAGACAAUAAGUAAAAACACUUGAAAUGGAAAAUAAUUUUAAAAAAAUUUUGACAAUAGAACUGUCUUUUUUUAAACUUUUUAUCAAUACUGUUUUGUUUUUACCAAUUUUAAGUAUUAAACUUUUACUCUUUAUAUUACCAGCAAAGGGGCGCACAGCCUGUAUGACAUGUUGAACAAGGCGCUUGGGGUACAUGCAGGCUGGAACGUGCACCCGAACAGGUGAGACCCAGGUGUUCACACCUGUUAGUUUAGACCGUCCUGACAGGUGAGACCUAGGUGUUCACACCUGCUAGUUUAGACCGUCCUGACAGGUGAGGCCGAGUUGUUCACACCUGUUAGUUUAGACCGUCAUGACAGGUGAGACCUAGGUGUUCACAGCUGUUAGUUUAGACCGUCCUGACAGGUGAGACCGAGUUGUUCACACCUGUUAGUUUAGACCGUCAUGACAGGUGAGACCUAGGUGUUCACACCUGCUAGUUUAGACCGUCCUGACAGGUGAGACCUAGGUGUUCACACCUGUUAGUUUAGACCGUCCUGACAGGUGAGACCUAGGUGUUCACACCUGUUAGUUUAGACCGUCAUGACAGGUGAGACCUAGGUGUUCAAUCCUGCUAGUUUAGACCGUCCUGACAGGUGAGACCUAGGUGUUUACACCUGUUAGUUUAGACCGUCAUGAUAGGUGAGACCUAGGUGUUCACACCUGCUAGUUUAGACCGUCAUGACAGGUGAGACCGAGUUGUUCACACCUGCUAGUUUAGACGGUGUAUCGAUCGAGACGAGGGCUGUGAGGCUGCUGGGGUGAUGUCGCUGGUAUCAUCUUUCAUAUGUCCAUGGCUUGUCUAAUGUUUGUACACGCUGUAUUGUCGUUGUCAAUGUUCACAUAUAAUCAUCGUUAACUCUCCGGACUGUCUAUGUUUAUAUAUACCUAUGUUAAUUAUUAAAAAAUUUAAUAACAUAUGGGACAUUAUUUUAAAGUAAAUGAUUUAGUGUAGAUGUUAAGAUUAUCAUUUCACACUAAUGCAUUGUCCCUGUAACAAUCUUAUUUAUUUCAUGUGAAAUAACAAUACAACAUUGAAGGCAUUUCAAUUCAAUCAUUGAUUAUUUCCCUUUGAAAUGCAAUAACCAUGUAAACAUUGUUUAUUGCAAUUGACAAUAAAUAAGAACACUUGAAAUAGAAAGUAAUAAACACUUUUUUUUGACACUAAAACUGUCUUUUUAAACUUUUUAUUAAUAAUGUUUAGUUUUUACCAAUUUUAAGUUUUAAACUUUUACUCUGCAUAUUACCAGCAAAGGGGCGCACAGCCUGUAUGACAUGGUGAACCACGCGCCUGCGGAAGGGGCAGGCUGGAACGUGAACCCGGACAGGUGAGACCCAGGUGUUCACACAGUUAGUUUAGACCGUCCUGACAGGUGAGACCUAGGUGUUCACACCUGCUAGUUUAGACCGUCCUGACAGGUGAGACCUAGGUGUUUACCCCUGUUAGUUUAGACCGUCCUGACAGGUGAGACCUAGGUGUUCACACCUGCUUGUUUAGACCGUCAUGACAGGUGAUACCGAGUUGUUCACACCUGCUAGUUUAGACCGUCAUGACAGGUGAGACCGAGUUGUUCACACCUGCUAGUUUAGACCGUGUAUCGAUCGAGACGAGGGCUGUGAGGCUGCUGGGGUGAUGUCGCUGGUAUCAUCUUUCAUAUGUCCAUGGCGUGCCUAAUGUUUGUAGCCACUGAAGUGUGGUUGUCAAUGUUCACAUAUAAUCAUCGUUAACUCUCCGGACUGUCUAUGUUUAUAUAUACCUAUGUUACUUAUUAAAAAAUUUAAUAACAUAUGGGACAUUAUUUUAAAGUAAAUGAUUUAGUGUAGAUGUUAAAAUUAUCAUUUCACACUAAUGCAUUGUCCCUGUAACAAUCUUAUUUAUUUCAUGGGAAAUAACAAUACAACAUUGAAGGCAUAUUAAUUCAAUCAUUGAUUAUUUUCCCUUUGAAAUGCAAAAGCCGAAUAAACAUUGUUUAUUGCAAUUGACAAUAAAUAAGAACACUUGAAAUAGAAAGUAAUAAACAUUUUUUUUUGACAAUAAAACUGUCUUUUUAAACUUUUUAUUAAUAAUAUUUUGUAUUUACCAAUUUUAAUCUUUAAACUUUUACUCUGUAUAUUACCAACAAAGAAAUUAUUUUAAACUUCUUAACAAAAUCCCUAAAGUCUUACAGCUCUCGUAUGACCACCCCUACCCAAUGCUCAUUCCUCCGUUCAUCGAACGGAGCAGACGCGAUGUUUACACAUAUCAGAAUCGACCAUUCAGGGGACCACGCGACGGACUGAGCGAUGGUCACGUGUGUCGACAAAACAAAAGCAUUACGUCAAACGAGCGAAUGAGAUGAGAAGGCGGUAAGAAAGAAAUGCUUUGGAAAAAAAAAAAAAAAAGAAGAAGAAAAGAAAAUUAAAUUCUUUAUAGAAGCUAAAAUAAUAAUAAAUGAAAAAACAAAAGCAUUACGUAAAACGAGCGAAUGAGAUGAGAAGGCGGUAAGAAAGAAAUGCUUUGGAAAAAAAAAAAAAAGAAGAAGAAAAGAAAAUUAAAUUCUUUAUAGAAGCUAAAAUAAUCAUAAAUGAUUUCUAUUUUAACGGCAAAUCCUGCAUUUUAAUAAAUAAAGGAAUAUCUACCAAUGCCAUUUUAAAUACCUGUGUCGCUUUAAUUGGACGUUAAUAUCAUAGCAGCCACCCAUGUAUCCCCAGAUUUAAGAUCUACAGUACAAGCCGGCAAAGACAACACGUCGACGGUAUCAAUUCAUUGGUGUACAAUGUCACGUGGUACAGGACGUCGCCAUUGUACACGUGGGUCGGAGUCGGAUACAAUAAAACCGUCAUUACGAAUGUGAGUGUUUGAUCACGUGAUGUGUCCUUUUAGGCAGAGGGGUGUUGGGGCGGUGAGGUCAUUAGGUCAAGGUUGGGUGAGUGUUUAAACACGUUAUGGGUAAUUUAGGUAGUGGGGUCAUUUUAGAGUAGAUGUUUUGUGAACGGAGAGCUGCUGUGAUAGGAUCCUGUCAAUGAAGAACUGUUAUCGUUACUAUCAUUGGUCAUUAGGUACCCGUUUGGCUUAGACAUGUCCUCAGGUUAAGUCUAGCUAAUAUGGAUCCUUAGGUAAUGUUUGGGUAGGAAUGGUCCACAGGUUAUGUCUGGUAAUGAAAGGCUCUUGUCUCUAUUUUAGGAAAGUUUCGCCCAUAAAAUGGGUAGGAAAUAGAUUUUAUGUACAUGGGAGUAAUCAAUGGGUAGUAAAUAGAUUGUAUGAGUUAGUAAUCAAUGGGUAGUAAAUAGAUUGUAUGAGUUAGUAAUCAAUGGGUAGUAAAUAGAUUGUAUGAGUUAGUAAUCAAUGGGUAGUAAAUAUAUUGUAUGAGUUAGUAAUCAAUGGGUAGUAAAUAGAUUGUAUGAGUUAGUAAUCAAUGUGUAGUAAAUAGAUUGUAUGAGUUAGUAAUCAAUGGGUAAUAAAUAGAUUGUUUGUACGAGGGAGUAAUCAAUGGGUAGUAAAUAGAUUGUAUGAGUUAGUAAUCAAUGGGUAGUAAAUAGAUUGUAUGAGUUAGUAAUCAAUGGGUAGUAAAUAGAUUGUAUGAGUUAGUAAUCAAUGGGUAGUAAAUAUAUUGUAUGAGUUAGUAAUCAAUGGGUAGUAAAUAGAUUGUAUGAGUUAGUAAUCAAUGUGUAGUAAAUAGAUUGUAUGAGUUAGUAAUCAAUGGGUAAUAAAUAGAUUGUUUGUACGAGGGAGUAAUCAAUGGGUAGUAAAUAGAUUGUAUGAGUUAGUAAUCAAUGGGUAGUAAAUAGAUUGUAUGAGUUAGUAAUCAAUGGGUAGUAAAUAGAUUGUAUGAGUUAGUAAUCAAUGGGUAGUAAAUAGAUUGUUUAUAUGAGUUAGUAAUUAAUGGGUAAUAAAUAGAUUGUAUGAGUUAGUAAUCAAUGUGUCGUAAAUAGAUUGUAUGAGUUAGUAAUCAAUGGGUAGUAAAUAGAUUGUAUGAGUUAGUAAUCAAUGGGUAGCAAAUAGAUUGUAUGAGUUAGUAAUCAAUGGGUAGUAAAUAGAUUGUAUGAGUUAGUAAUCAAUGGGUAGUAAAUAGAUUGUAUGAGUUACUAAUCAAUGGGUAGUAAAUAGAUUGUUUGUAUGAGUUGUAAUCAAUGGGUAGUAAAUAGAUUGUUUGUAUGAGUUAGUAAUCAAUGGGUAGUAAAUAGAUUGUAUGAGUUAGUAAUCAAUUGGUAGUAAAUAUAUUGUUUGUAAGAGGGAGUAAUCAAUGGGUAGUAAAUAGAUUGUAUGAGCUAGUAAUCAAUUGGUAGUAAAUAUAUUGUUUUUAAGAGGGAGUAAUCAAUUGGUAGUAAAUAUAUUGUUUUUAAGAGGGAGUAAUCAAUGGGUAGUAAAUAUAUUGUUUGUAAGAGGGAGUAAUCAAUGGGUAGUAAACAGAGGGCACGCGGGAGGAAGUAAUAUUUUAUAAAUUCGGAGUACAAAUACAUGAAAGUACACAAUGUAAUAGUUUCCUCUGUGUUACCACUCCACUUUGGUUAGAGUGCUCUAAAAUUAUUAAACGUCUUUUAUUUUUUUUUUUAUAAUCUACUUUCAGAGCAUCCCAGAAGAUUUGAGGAUUGGCCCCAAAGCUGAUAACACGUAUUUAACGGGCAACUUUACAAUAAUUUCAUAA